AGUUUUAAUUGCUGCAACUGAAACGAGCAGCAAUGAAAUUCAUAUACUGCUUUUCACUAAUAUUUGGCUCUUUAUUUCCUAGUGUGUAACAACUUCCGACUGUGCGGUCUGGCAGGCACCUAAGAGGACAAUUUAAAUUGUUGCGAGUGAAUCAAGAAGCGAUAAUAUUCAUAUUUAGCCUUGUCACUAAGAUUUGGCUCUUUAUUUCAGAAUAAGCAGCGACUUCCGAGUGUGGUUAGUCAGGAACCUAAGAGGAGAGCUUAAACUGCUGCGAGUGAAUUGUGCAGCAAUAUUAUACAUAUUCUUCCUUGUCACGAAGUCGAUACCCGAUUAUGCGGUCUUGGAUAUUGCGCGUUACGUCUGGUGUGCAGGAUUUGUGAAACCAACAUUGCCCGACUAACUAUCAUCCUAAGAUUUUACAUUGCUAUUUAAUAUGAUAAGAACUGUCGUUGCACAUAUUGACUAACUUCAAGAGCUCUAGGAAGACCCACAUCACAUUAGCUUUCAAGCGUAAUGUUAAAAUGAUAACAAAUUUUAAUUUCACUUUAAAAACCAAAGUUUAUAUUGUGUGUAUCACAGAAUUCUCUGAGUGAAAGUUUCAUUCCAGCCAUAUUGUUGUUUUAGAAUGGAAUACUAAUAAUUUGUUAAACCUUACAUUUUAUCUAAAUGUUUGUAUGUGGCAUCUGUAUUUCAGUCCGACUAUAUAUGGAAGAUUGCACUGUCAGUUGUUACUUUUGCUUGCAAAAAGGACUGGUUUCUAAUUUUUAUUCUGAAAAUUUUUUGCAGUGAUUGUGAAUAACAAAUUGACAUCCUGGCUGAGUUAGAAAUUUUCUUCAUUUAUUCACUUGAUUUUUCGUGUGUUUCAUCGCAGAGACGUGCCAUAUAAUAUUAUGAAAUGGAGAUCUGAUUUCGCAGAGGACGUAACUUAAAUAUUAUUGUUAUACUUGUAUGGAAAACAUAAAUCCGAAACGAGCCAACUGAAGAUUUUCAAUUUUGUUACUAUCGAUAUGUAAUUUAGUUCAUUCGAGUUUGUGGUACUUCGAUGAAAGUAAUACGGAAUCUAUGAUCAGUGAUGGCAGUGUUCUUGUGCGUGUGGGUGUUUGCGGCUAGGUGAAACAUGUAUAGUUUGGUCAUCCCCCAAAAGUCAUUAGUUCGUCAGUGGAAAAAUAUUGCAAAAGGAUGCUGUGGUUGUCAUCAGCGAAAUGUGAUUGCGAAACAUCCAACGUUACGAUUAGCUCCAUUACUAUUAACACCGAAACACUGUUACACAACGAAUAUACAGUGGUUACUGCCCGAAAUAGUACGGACUAGCUCUCUCGCUUACAUACAAACGAAUACUAGAGGUAAAUUCAGUUCUGGCUAUGUUGCCGGAACAAAUAGACCUCACAGUGCUGUUUUUGUGAGAAGAUUCUAUGCCGGCCCGAUUCUUCGGAAAGAAGCGCCCCUAAAACCAUCGUCAAAGGUAGAAGAAACGGUGCAAGCAAUAAAGAGUAAACUAAAGGAGGGAGAGAAGCCACCAGAUGCUCCAGUGCCAGUGAAAGUUAAGAAAACUAUAAGACAGAAGAUAGUGGAUGAAGUCCUUCAUUAUUACCACGGAUUCAGAUUACUGUUCAUUGACAUUAAAAUAUCUCUGAAACUGUCAUGGAGAAUUUUGCAGGGCAAGAGUUUAACGAGACGGGAACAUAGGCUUUUGGUGAGAACCGUGUCAGAUUUAUUUCGACUGGUCCCAUUUUCAGUAUUCAUCAUUGUACCCUUUAUGGAGCUGUUAUUACCAGUGGCAAUAAAAUUAUUUCCUGGAAUGCUACCAUCAACAUUUCAAACUGCAAGAGAGAAGGAGGAUAAAAUGAAACAAGCAUUGAAAGUGAAGCUUGAAAUGGCAAAAUUUCUUCAGAAAACGCUGGAUGACAUGGCUGUUCAAGGAAAGGGACACAAGUCUGAAAGAGCUAAAGAAUUCCAUGACUUCUUUGUAAAGGUCCGGACAUCUGGUGAACAGGCCACAAAUGAGGAAAUAAUGAAAUUUUCAAAGCUCUUUGAGGAUGAAAUAACAUUAGACUCGUUGUCACGGGCUCAGCUGACUGCUCUGUGUAGAGUACUUGAGAUACAGCCAAUAGGAACCAACAAUUUUCUUAGGUUUCAGCUCAGAAUGAGACUCCGAAGUUUGGCAGCUGAUGACAAGGUUAUUCAAAAAGAGGGAAUAGACUCCUUGAGUCUUGCGGAGCUACAACAAGCUUGCCGGGCCCGUGGAAUGAGAGCAUAUGGUAUGUCAGAAGAGCGCAUGAAAUUACAGUUAGCUCAGUGGUUGGAUUUGAGCCUGAAUAAGAAAGUACCUCCAUCGCUAUUGUUGCUGUCCCGUGCUCUUCUGUUGCCUGAUACAAUACCCACAAGUGAUCAGCUAAAGGCGACAAUAUCAUCAUUGCCAGAUACUUUGGUAACACAAACUGAAGCAGCAAUUGGUGAACGUGAAGGCAAGAUAGACAACAAAAUGAAGAUAGAAGUAAUUAGAGAAGAAGAGCGCAAAAUAAAGGAGGAAAGGCAAGAGAUGAGAGAAGAAUUGAAGAAAACAGAUUCUGUCAAGAAAGAAACUGAAGAAAUUAGUGACAAAGCUCCUGUUAUGACAUGUGACACAGGUGUCAUUGAGAUCCCUGCUGUUGAUGUCUGCACAAAAGAAGGAUUGAAGAAAGAAGAACUGAGUUCCAUUGAUUUUGAGAAGCUAGAAGAUGCUUUAGACAGCAUUGGAAAAGAAAAGAAGAAGUUGCUCGUAGAAAAGGAGGAACUUGAUGACCUCAAGGAAGAACUGGCUGAGUAUCAAGAGGAUGUUGAUGAACUGCGACAAGUAGUAAAGUCAGCCCAUGUGUCAAAAGCAGAGCUUAAAGAAACUAAAGCUGCAAAACGCCUUUUCAAUAAAGUAAAUAACAUGAUCAACAAAAUGGACUGCGUGCUGCAGGAACUUGAACGUGAAGAACAACAACUCAAAAAAGAUCUCGAAGCUAAAGAAGAGUUGGAGGAAAAGGAAUCAAAACAAAAAACGGAGCAGCUGGUAAGCAUAGAAGAAUUAAUUAGUGCAAUCAGGCAGAUCCAGAAAGUUCCUGAUGAUUCAUUUAUUGAACAAAUAUCAGAAGUGUUAGCAAAAAUUGAUGCUGAUCGUGAUGGUUCACUUCGUGUAGAUGAUGUGCUUAAGGUGAUUGAGUUAGUUGCUGCAGAAAAUGUCAAGCUCAACAAAAAGCAGAUUGAUGAAAUUGUAGAAUUAAUAAAGAAGGAAGAAUUAAUUGAAUUGGAGGAGCAGAUGGGGAAAGUGUUAGAGAAAGGUGCCACACGUCGCACAGCAACGCAGGCAGGUGAACCUUGUCCAGAUAAUGUGAAUAAACAAUCAUGUGAAGUGCCUGCUGCUGCAGUCACAGCAUCCAAAGCACCAGGCACAGAUAAAAACUGUAAAAAGCUGUAGUAUUUAAAUUCAUUUUAAUACUUGUAAGUAUAAUUUAUUUUUUAAUUUAUACGAUUCUUAUUGUUGGAACAAGUGCAGUGUUCGGCUUUUCAUAUUAUAUUUUUUGUAUAGAUGUAAAUAAUUGUGUAAGAUUUUUCUGUAACUCAGUGCAGUUCACUUUUAACUCUGUAUGUCUCCACCAGAUAUUCAUUACAAGAGUGUACCUGAGAUAAUAGUAAAUAUUAGAAUGGGAUCAAGUUCCAUCAGCAAGUAUUAAUAGCUCCUUUGUGAGCACUAUGUACCAAAUGAACUUACAUUAAAUUUUUGUGGAAAGUAUUUAAUUUCAGUGCUAUAAUGUAUUCAAUAAUGAGUGCUGGCUAAAGUUGUUUAGUUCUUCUUGUUUAAAUUGAGUGAAUACAGCUGCAGACUUUCACAAGUUGUAAACAUUCCGGUCCAUUAACCUGAUAAUUUUCGGUAUCUUACUUUCAUUCUAACAGAACUUUGCUGGUGUAAGGAGCAGGGAAAAUUUAAUAAAAAGGUCACAUGUGAUUUAUAUAUGGUAUAACAGUUAAUGUUUCUGCAAUUUUUAUUUACUUUGUAGAUCAAAGGUGUGGUUUUUCCCCCUAAAUAUACUAUUGACUCCCUGAACAUAGGCAAAAUAGCUUUGGUGGAUACAUAAGAGUAUUUGUCUUGACAAAUUUAUGUAUAUGUAAAUGUCAUACUUGGAACAGGCUGAAAGAGGGCAGAUAUUUCUGUGUUACAACUCUAAAGAUUUGUAACAUUUUUUCAUGCUAAAAUGAUUGCCUUAUAUCCUCCUUUAAUUUUUGAACUGAAGUACUGAAAAUCAAGGAAAGUCUAAUGAAUUUAUUAUGUUAUGAAAUACUAACUCCUUCCGAAACAAAAAAUUGAAUCAGAAUCUUAAAACUUGAGACAAUGGACCAUUUUGAAAAUACCACAUGUGACAUUACAAAGGAUGUAUAACUCUUUAAGUUUUGCAUACCUUUGCACCUUAUUUUGGUAUCAGUAAUGAUCCAGUUGCGUGUUUAAGUAAAUGGAUUUUUUGUGAUUUUUAGAUUACGUACAACUUAUGAAGGAAAUGCUAAUAUACAUAAAAACAAACAAUUGGGGAAACUUCUUUUUAUGAGAAGAAUAUGCAACCAAAAACAGAAACAACGAAAAAUCCAGUAUGGAAUGUAACAAUAUUAUGAUAAGGAAAGUUGCUACUCACCAUAAAGCGGAGAUUGUGAGUCACACAUAGGCACAACAAAAAGAGUUUUUUGUUGUGCCUAUCUGCAACUCGGCAUCUCUGCUAUAUGGUUAGUAGCAACUUUCCUUCUCACAACCAAAAACUGAUGUUUGCCAGGCAGUGGCAGAAGCAGAUGUAAAUAGAAGGUGACGUGAUUACUAGUUUUAGGAACCAGAGUUUGCUCAGUAUGGAUUAUUACCAGUACAUUGGUUACUUUUACAAUACAUUUGUUGGGCACAAGAGUUUUGAGUCACAAUACCUGCAGAAAAUUAUCCCAAAUCUCCAAAAUUUUUCAAGGGCAGGAAUGACAAAAUAAGCAGUACUCAGAAGUAACAUCAGGUACAACAGAGAGAAGACUGAAGACCAAAACCCAAGACCAAGACCAAAAAAUAAGAUUUAUUUGUUUUAUACGAUUUCUCUAGAAAAUUGAGUUGACAAAGGACAAAGGAGGACCUCUAGUACUGACAUCAGAAAUUCAGUAUCCAUUGUUCACUUACAUCCCCCCCCCCCUCUCUCUCUUUCUCUUCCUCUCCACCCCCCCAACACACACACACACACACACACACACACACACACACACACACACACACACACGCGCGCGCGCGCUCUUACUCUUCUCACUCUUAAACUGUACUCUAGCUUUUGAUCGACAUGCAAAUAACACUAAGUAACAAUAACUGUAAUGUGUCAAAUAUGAUUGCUUUCAAAGCAGUUCAAAAUUUGGAGAGAUAUAUUUACUUAUUUUUUCAUCAGUAAUACUGAAAGUCUGCAGUUUCUUUGAUUUAGCUAUGCUUCCUAUUUUAAAUUAAAUUAGAUGCAUUUAAUUUCUUCCUGCUUCUCUUUCCAUUAUAGUCUUAGCAGAAAAUAAACAUAUAUUAAUGAAAUGUUGCAAGAAGUGUGUGCAAAGAGAUUAAAUAAUGUUGAGACUUUAGGUAGAGAAUAAGAAGCGAACUGAAAAGGGAUACCUGUGAAUAAUGUCAAAAAUGUACAAUAUUGUUAUGAAUUCAAUGAUUUAUUUAUAAAUGGUUUUCAGUUUAAAUACAGAAUGUAUUUCUCAGUGUCAAAUUAAGAAAAAACCAUGUAAUUGUUUUAACAUGUUGCAGCAUAGACACGGAAAAAAGAAAUACUAAGUAACAGAUCAGUAUAAAUACAUUCAGUCUGACAUUCUUAAGUGCGCUCACACUGUUACAAAUGCAGAUUCCUGUUCCUUUCCUGUAAGUGACAAUAGAUGACAUUAGUGAAUGAAUUAUGGUGCAUAAAUAUUAUCACUUUCAGUAAGAAUGUGAAAUGAAUGAAACUAACAGCCAUAUUUAACUUUUAUCCACAAAAAAGAAAUAAAUUUAUUGUCCAAUGCCAGUGUAAUAUAGUUACUAAUAUAUUGUGUUUGGUACAUACAAAACUAAAUAUUUGUGGUGUUCAGGGUGCUCUUCAUUAAAAUACUGUGUAGUACUGAUAAAAUAAAAAUGUCACAGCCA